GAAAGGAAAGCGAACGAGAGAAACCCCUCAGGUACAUCUGCUGUACCUAGCAAGCGACCCCGUUGUCCCUGCCCCUUUCUGCGAGCCUGCACCUCCCACACUCCUCCAAUCCAUAGGAGCCGCAGGAAGCGCUGAUUGGCUCGGGGAUGGAGCAGGAGGCUCGAACAAUGGCAUCCUCUCCCCUUAAAAAGAGUGCAGCGAUCCGGGCAGGGGCAGACGGGACCCAUUUGCGGGGCGCCCACUAGACAACAAGUGCAAAGGGGGACCGGCGGCGGCGGCGGCGGCGGCACGUCGGGGGUCUGUCCCUCUGCUGCUGAGCCCGGACUGGAUGGCAGGAGCAGGCAGCAAAGCCUGAGCGAGGCAGCCGGCUGGAGCCAGACGCACAAGCCUUUUGCUGCAGAUCCGCGCCCCUGUCGCCGUCGCCCCAAGUGCCUUCCCCGCCGGCCCAGCCGCCAAAGAUGCCCCGGGGGUUCCUGGUGAAAAGGAACCGGAGGGCCACGCCGAUCUCCUACCGGGUCCGUUGCGGCCAGGAGGGUGAGCCCGAGCUGCUGCUGUUCGCCGGCGGCCAGCAGCGCUGCUCCCCGCCCCUCCCCUGCGCCGGCCUAGAUCCGGCGGCCGCCGCAGCGCCCCGGGAGCCGCCGCCGCUGCCGCCGCCUCCGAAGCCCGUGCAGUUCGGCACCCCCGAGGCCGCGUGCCAGGCGCUGUACAGCCCCACCCGGCCGGUCAGCAAGGAGCACGAGAAGAAAUCCUUGGAGCGCAGCUUCAACCUGGGCUCGCCGGUCUCCGCAGAGUCCUUCCCGGCCCCGGCGAUGCCCAGCACCAUGGACCCGCUGCUCUUCGCCCCGGCCGAGCUCAAACUGUGGGUCUCCUCCUCCAGCCCCGCGGAGACCAGCGGCCCCCAGCGCAGCGCCCAGAGCGACCCCCACAGGGACACCCACUGCAGCGCCCAGGGCAUGCCCAGCAGCACCCACAGUGACACCCACUGCAACGGCCAGGCGAGCGCCGGCACCCGCAGCCUGUCCGCCCUGCUACCCCCCUCCGCCUCCUCGGGCCGCCCCCAGCCCAAGCGGCCCCCCGCCGGCUCGGAGCCCGGCAAGCACAAGCCCCCGGCAGCUAAGAAAGCCAAAGCCAUCCGCAAGCUGAACUUCGAGGACGAGGUGACCACGUCGCCCGUGCUGGGGCUGAAGAUCAAGGAGGGGCCGGUGGAGCCGCCCCGGGCGCGGGGGGCGGGCGGGCCGGGCCCGCGGCCGCUGGGCGAGUUCAUCUGCCAGCUGUGCAAGGAGGAGUACGCCGACCCCUUCGCCCUGGCGCAGCACAAGUGCUCGCGCAUCGUGCGCGUGGAGUACCGCUGCCCGGAGUGCGACAAGGUCUUCAGCUGCCCGGCCAACCUGGCCUCGCACCGCCGCUGGCACAAGCCGCGGCCGGCCCCCAGCGCCCCGCCGCCGGCCGCCAAGGCGCCCGAGGAGCAGCCGCCGCCGCCCAAGGAGGCCGGAGGCAGCGGCAGCGAGCGGGACACGCCCAGCCCCGGCAGCGGCGGCGGCGGCUCGGAGUCCGGCUCAGAGGAGGGGCUGUACGAGUGCCCCACCUGCGCCCGCCGGUUCCGCCGCCAGGCCUACCUCCGCAAGCACCUGCUGGGCCACGAGCCGGGGCCCGGCCCGGAGAGGCCCGGCCCGGAGGAAAGCCCCAGCCCCGGCCCCGGCCCCGGCCCCGGCCCCGGCGCGCCGGCUGCCAGCGAGUGCCACCUGUGCCCGGUGUGCGGGGAAACCUUCCCCAGCAAGGGCGGCCAGGAGCGGCACCUGCGCCUGCUGCACUCGGCGCAGGUCUUCCCCUGCAAGUACUGCCCGGCCACCUUCUACAGCUCGCCCGGCCUCACCCGCCACAUCAACAAGUGCCACCCCUCGGAGAACCGGCAGGUCAUCCUGCUGCAGCUGCCCGUGCGCCCCGCCUGCUAGGCCGUGCCUUCGCCCCCUCCUGCCCCCCGGGCUGCAGCCUGGCAGCUGCCUCGGGCCGGCUUCGCCCUGCAGAGCCGAGCUCUCCAGGACCCCGGCUGAUUUCCCCACCCCCCUCUCCAGCGCCUGGUUUAUCUAUAGAUGAAAACAAAGGGGCUGGGGGGGAGUAAUAAUAAAAUCCACUUGUGCCAGUGUCUCCUUGGUGGUGAUUCCUCCGUCCUUGCUACUGUAGCUCAGCCUCUGAAAAGCAGCCCCUCUUUGAUCCUUAGGAAGUCUUUCUGUUUUUUUUCCUCUGCCCCCAUCUCUCUGUGUACCUAGCCUAGGGGUUGGAUUGGUUGUUGGUUUUAUUUUUAUUUUUUAAAGUCAAUCUCGAAGAAUAAUGCCUUUAUAUUUCACAGGCUGUAAACUGAAUUUACCACAUGAUUAGCUUUAUUAUGGCUUGUGAACUGCUGGAAGCUGGCUUUACACCCCCACCCCCUUUUAUGUGAACAAAUAAAACUGCUUCAUUUUGUUUUCUUUAGUAUAGCCACAAAUGCCUUGACUCUACUAUUGAUGGUCUCCAGAAAAUGCUGUAGAAACUGCCUUAAAUAUUACCUGCCAACUUUCUUUUUUCGAUUGUUUGUCCAUAGCGAGGUAGAAUCACAAGCUGACUAUAUGUAUAUGUUGAUUUGAGUAAUUGUUAUUUAUUCUUUAUUUAUUUAUAUUAAUUAUGAAGAUUGAUAUUAUUUGAUCGUGAAUAUUUUGAUGCGCUUUCCCCCUUCCCCGUCCUGCCAUUUCACUGUGCAUUUUAGAAGAAGAUCUUGUUCUAAAGGGAUCUGCUAAAAGGUUUUAACUUUUCUACGUAGAAACACACAAUCUUAACCAUUUUAUCCUGCUCCAGGGGCGCAGACAGCUCUUGUGCAACCGACAGCUCUUACUUUUAGAUGCAAUCUCUUUUCUACACACAUUAUUUUCUUAACUGUUAGCUAUUUAUAGAAUGCUUCAAUAGAACUGUUUCAACUGUAUAACUAUUUACUAUUCAAAUAAAAUAUUUUCAAAUUCAAA